AAAAAUUAACCCAAUAACAUUAUUUUUGGUGAUCAAAAGUUGGAUUUGGACCCUUAUUCUCCAAAACAAAAAAAAAAAGGAAGAAUCUUGAAUUUCAGUCCGAAAAAUAAAAAUGAAAACUAAAAAAUAAAAGGGAAGCAUGAGCUGAAUGAGCAAACAAGAAAACCCCAGCUGCAGCCGACUGCUGCGCCUCACUUCUCAUUUGCUUGCGCCCAUGGCUUCCGAAAAGGAGGCUGCUCUUGCUGCUGCCCCCUCUGAUUCUCCCACCAUAUUCGACAAGAUCAUCAACAAGCAAAUACCGGCCAACGUCGUCUAUGAGGAUGAACAGGUUCUGGCUUUCAGGGACAUAGCUCCCCAAGCGCCUAUUCACAUCCUCAUUAUCCCUAAAGUGAGGGAUGGACUGAUUGGAAUUUCCACGGCCGAGGAGAGGCACUGUGAGAUUCUUGGCCGUCUUCUAUACACAGCAAAGCUCGUGGCAAAGCAGGAAGGCCUUAAGGAUGGCUUCAGAAUUGUGAUUAAUGAUGGACCAAAUGGAUGUCAAUCGGUCUAUCACCUGCACGUUCAUCUUCUUGGUGGACGUCAAAUGAACUGGCCGCCGGGCUAACCCGGAGGUGCGAGCAACGAGAGUGGCAUACUCUACGCUACUUUCAAUCAUUGGCUGCACUUUGUCUCAACUGUGGGAAUAUAAAAUAAAUCUAUUGAGGUGGCUGCUUCUUACAAUGAAGUAGAUAUGGUCUUGUAGUUUUCCUAAAGAUAUUUAGCAUAUGUUGAUUGUGUCAUCUCCAAAUCUAGUUUUUUAUUGGAUGAAUGAAUUUUUAAAGACUGCAUGACCGUGGACUCGAAUAUAAGACCUUUAGCGUCAAACUAUAAUCACUCUACCAUUAGCUCAA